ACACCAGAGAAAGAGGAAAAAGUCUCCUUUGUGUGUAUACAGAACUAUUCUCUCUCUCUCUCUCUCUCUAUUUUUCUUCUUCUCUUUCUCCUUCUCUUCAUCUUUUUUCUCUAUUCCUCUUCCUUCUCCUUCUCUCCAUCUUUUCCCUUUCUCUCUCUCCUCUUCUCUCUUUCUUCUGUCGAUUUGAGAGAAAAAAUUGAUUUAUCGAUUUCAGAUCUAUUCCCCUUCUCUACAAACAGGAAAGAAAUUUUAUUUUUUAAAAAUUCAAAAAAUAAAAAAAAUCCAUUUCGAUCCAAGUGUCUUUUUGAGCUACCAAGUAUUUUUUUUAAUUAAAUAAUAUCACUCAUUUAUUUUUUUAUACAUUUUUUUUAAUAACAAACUAAUAAAUUAAAAAAAAAAAAUAUUACUUCCCAAAAUAUUUUAUCCAAAAAAUUCAUAUCGCAAACAGGGCCUUGGUCGAAAAACAUGACUCUCACAAAAUCAAACACCCGUCAUGUACUUUCUAAAAUAGAAGUGCCUCACACUUCACUAUCUACUUUCUAUGUCGCUAUACACAGAGAGAGUCAUGGUUCUUCGAUUCCAAUCCCAAUCCAUUGUCGUCGAUGAGAUUGAAACCAUUUUCGGCACAGAGAGCACUGCCAUUUCACCGGAGGCCAUCUCCGGCCACCAUACGCCGUCGUUCCCUCUCCGGUAAAUCCCUCUUCGUCAUGCUGCCGGACUUCUCCUCUGCCGCCUUCCUCCGCCGCUCUCUCAUCGUCCUUAGUUUCUUCGCCGCCGCCUCUCUCUCGUGUUUCGUCCUCUACAAAGCCGCCGACUCCGCCGGAUUACGACUCCCUGAAUCGUUCGAUCCAUCGUUUCGCCUUCGCUACGUUUCCCCCUCCGUCGCUGACGAUUCUACAGCAAUGAGUUCAACAACGGUUAGUGACAAGUACAAGCUUGAAAGAGUGCUGAAGAAUGCUGCCAUGAAAGAUGGAACAGUCAUUUUAACAACUUUAAAUGAAGCUUGGGCGGCUCCAAAUUCAAUCAUUGAUCUAUUUCUUGAGAGCUUUAGAAUAGGAUAUGGCACCCGUAAACUUCUGAAUUAUUUGGUGAUUAUUGCCUUGGAUGAGAAAGCAUUUUCUCGUUGUUUGGUUGUACACAACCAUUGCUUUUCCCUUUUCACUGAAGGGGUUAACUUCUCUCAGGAGGCAUAUUUUAUGACCCCUGACUACUUGAAGAUGAUGUGGAGAAGAAUUGAUUUCCUACGGUCUGUACUUGAGAUGGGAUACAACUUCGUUUUCACGGAUGCUGAUAUCAUGUGGUUCAGGGACCCAUUUCCACGGUUUUAUUUGGAUGCAGAUUUUCAAAUUGCAUGUGAUCAGUUCUUAGGCAGCUCUUAUGAUUUGGAGAACAGACCAAAUGGAGGAUUUAGCUUUGUCAGGUCCAAUAACCGGUCAAUAGAGUUUUACAAGUUCUGGCACUCCUCACGAGAAGCAUAUCCAGGAUACCAUGACCAGGACGUCCUUAAUAUUAUCAAAUAUGAUGCUUUCCUCAUAGAUAUUGAAUUGAAAAUGAGAUUCUUGAAUACUGCUAACUUUGGUGGAUUUUGUGAACCAAGCAAAGAUUUGAAUCAAGUUUGUACAAUGCAUGCAAAUUGUUGUGUUGGUAUGGGCAACAAGGUUCAUGAUCUUAAAGUCAUGCUUGAGGAUUGGAAACAAUAUAUGUCUUUGCCACCAAGCUUGAAGAGAUCAUCAAUAUCAUCCUGGAGGGUUCCUCAAAACUGCAGUGUUGAAUCCAUCCAUCACUCUGAAUCGCCUCAAAAGAGUGUUGAACAAGCAGGGGAAGAUUGAGCAGCUGUAACCAAAUUGGAGGCACAUAUUCUGUACAAGAUAAGUUUGUGGUUUGAGUGCAUCUGAAUGAUUUUGUUACUUGUUAAUUAGUGUUGGAUGUUGAAUGCUGAUUUGAUAGACCUGCAAUUUCUUAUAUAAUACCUCCCAGUCCCAGCAAGUUUAUAAUUUGUUGGAAAUCUUAAAAGUCCUUUCAGUGUGAAGAAUUUGCAGAUAACCAUGUUUUGCUUUAUAUUUAUUACUUACACACCUCAUAACCACCAUCAAGCUCUGUCAAACCACGCGUAGAUGCAAUGAAAUGUAAUGUAACAACAGCCAGUGGACACAGAAAAUAAAUUGUGACGACUCUUUCUUUCA